AUUGCAGCAUCACUUCGGCCGUUUUUGACUCGAAGGCGGGGCUCGUUCUUAAUGACAAUCUGAUGGAGUCUCCCCUAAUGCUCGGCAUCAGGAGUGUGGGAGUGAAUGUUGUGUUGCAUAACGUCAGACGCAACGUGUUCGAGCGAUUGGAGCGGAUCGGUGACGUGAAUUUUGAUUUGAAUAAAAAGAAGAAAAACGCAUUGGAAUCGCUGGUCAGAAAUUCUGGAACCUUGGAAAUUCCCAGAUCAAAAUGCUACGAAGUCGCUGACAGCUACGAAACUCAAAAUUGGAAGACUCGCAUUACGAAGAUGACGAUAGCUGACGAAAAACGUGAACUGGACUCAAAACUGAAGAACAAUUCGAGGAUACUAGCGGAGACCGAUGAAAGCGACGACGAUGGUUUGGCCGAAGUGAAUCCAGAGUCGGAAGUAAUUGAUGAAACGUACCAAAGAGAGGCAGUCUUACGUAGAUUGGCCGAGAUUGAACGUCGUGGCGAAACUAGAAUUCUGCGUAACUUUGAACGGAUGAAAAACCAAUCCUCUCUUUCGGAAGCCAAAGGAUUAUUUUCGAAGCGUUCGAAACCUGUCGAUCCUUCCAAAGAAAGUUUGGAAUCGCUGGUAGAAUUGUUACAAGAAGCUUUGCAAGCUGUGCCGGACUCGGUCCUGCACUUGAUGACCGGAUGGACACGUUCCGGGGACUGCGGACGAUCCGCCGAUCAGAAACCCGAUUGGCUCGACAUGGAAAAGCUGCGACGAGGGCAGAAGUUCGCAGAGAAUUACAUGUACGCCGUAUUCUUCCAGAACGCGCUUACCUUGUUCGUUAUCUUCAGCAUCGAGGAUUCGCUCAAGCCGUUAAUCAUCACCGGAAAAUCGAGCACGCCGUACACCGCGUUCAAAAGGUACCUGUCAACGGGGCUGCGGAUUCGGCGCUGGAUGACCGGUGACCUGUGGACAAAGGGGUCCGUAGCUAACAGGGACAUUUCGACGGUGAGGGCGAUGCACGCGGCGGUGAGACGGAGAUUGGAAACUUCAACUACCGAGGAAAUAAAUGCCGCGACGAAAAUUGGCAACCCUUGGUGCCCCAUGCGGGAAACUCUUAUCAGGGAUUUUUCCGAGGCUUGUGAGGCCCCAAAGAUCGACCAGUGUCCCUACGUCGUGGAGCCGAGCAGCCUUGAUCGACCCAAGAGCAUUAAUCAGACUGAAAUGGCGCUGACGCAGUGGUGCUUUGUCGGUUUGCUCGUCUCCUUCCCGACGUCCUUUGGGGUCCAUUACGUAUCCGACGAGGAUCUCGAGGCCUAUUGCCACCUAUGGAGAAGCAUCGGGUACCAGCUGGGAGUGGAGGACGAGUACAACUUCUGCCGUGGAACUCUUGAGGACAUUCGGAGUCGCACUAACGAUUAUCUCGAAUCGUGGGUCAAGCCCAAUCUACGAAACGUCAGUCCCGAAUGGGAACACAUGACGAGGUGCGUCGUGAGUGGGCUUAAUGCCGUCAUCUCGGAUAUCGCGUACGAAAAUGUCCUCCUCUUCCUUACCGAGAUGCUGGACCUCCCGAUGCCACGACUAUACGCUUCGUUGUCUUACACGGAAUGGUGCCGGCACAAGAUCAGGAAGUUUCACUUUUCCUACACGCUAAAGCUUCCAGGAAUGGCUGGCUGGUUCAAUAAGUUCGUGAACAAAGCCACGAAGCGCGCCGAGAACUUCACUCACGAUGAACUGGAAGUCAUACGGAUAAAAAUGGACAGCAUUUACCCCGGUCAGAACAAAUAACUUCUUGUCCCGAGUGAUUUGUGGCCACUUCUUGAUGAACACGAUCAUUGCUUGUCACUGUUUCCAAACUCUUAGUCAACGACGGAUAUCUAUGCAUAAGGUUAUAAAAUUUGACAAUAUUUCUUUACAUUUAACGAAAGUACUACGAAAGUGAUACGUUGGUUAAUGAAAUUUCGCCUUUCUAUCCGAAGUUCGAAAUGCAAACGCGAACUCGGAACCUCUUUCUUAACGAGAGUAAAGCGACAAAAAAAAAAAAAAUAUACAUCAGAGUGGAAAAUUGUUAAAACAUA